UACAGCUUCAUUUGUGGUGAUUAAUUUUUUAAAAAGUUGUAAAUAUUUGUUUCUAAAGAAUAAUAUAUUAUUGAGACAGAGUCACAGAGAUCUCACUUGUAAAUAGGACAAUUCUGAGGCUGUGAUUGAUCUAGAGAGAGGCAUUCUGAAAUUUUAACAACACGUUUUAAGUGUUGUAUUUUGCAUAUAACUAAAAUAAUUCUGCUGGAUAAUGGCUAGUUUUCAGUCACACUACAAGGUACCACCAUCUAGGAAUGAUGACAUCAGUCACUAUAGACCAUUUGGUCCGCAGUGGAUGGAUACGGCAGUGCAGGAAACAUUGCUGCCAGAUUCACCGUGGCAUCAGGUACAAGAUAAAAUUAAUGUAGCAUUGGCAAAGAGAGUGGAAGCCGAAAUAUAUAAAGAAAAUAGUGGUGAAAAACGAGAAGCUCUUUUCCGAGUUCUUGGACACCAGUAUGUGAAGAAAUACCUCAGUCAGUACCCAUAUGACCCUGCUCUUCUGAGUCCACCUAAUAUUCCACUGCAGCAGAGACAGGUGUAUGAACAGGAGAUGGAAUAUUGGCUUGACAGGCAGGUAGAGGAAGUGGUCAAAGAAAGAAAUGUCAAUACAAUGAAGAAGCCUGUCAAGAAAUGAAAGAUUUCAUACAGCACACCUUUGAUGUGUUCAAUACAGGACUCGAUAGACAUUUAUUGCUAAAGGAAAACAGAGCAGCUGCAAUCUAGGGUAAAUACUGCAGAGAUGGAAGCCGGGUUGAAUAAUGUGUUACCAGGAUUCAUAAGACCUAUCAUAGAUGAUAAAAGUACAGCUACACCUGGUACUUUACCACUGUUAACAAGAGGAUCCAAAAGAAUGGAUCGCCAUGCUCUAAGUCACGGUGACAAACCACCCAACUCUUGGAGUCCUGUAAGUGAAAAACUAGGUGACUCAAUAGUGGCAAUAUUGAGAAGAGAUCCAUAUCGAAUGAGUGAUGUAUGUAGAAAAUUAUCAGGCAAGCAAAUACCUAGUAAUCUGAGGCAGUAUGUAUGGACUGAACUACUAUUUACAAGUGAUAGAAGUCUGGUCAGUAAAGAGGGAAAUAUUGAGAAAAUAUUAAGGAAUCGAUUUGCUAAAAAAGUUUCAAUGGGAAAGAUUGAUUUAAAGUUGAAGAAAGCUACAUAUACACCAAUACAUGGUCUAAUAUGGAAUUCAGUUGUGGAGAUGUAUGACAGCAUUCCAAGCAUGCAGCCUUACCAAACAAGACUUUACAUGAAGGAAUGUGCCAAUGCAUUGAAUGUACUAUAUACAUACAAUAGAAGUUAUGAACCUUACCUUAUUCAGUGGCUGUUCCCAUUACAAUUAGCAUAUCCAAGCAGACAGGAACAAGAGGAGAAACCAUAUGAGUUGGCAAUGUAUUUGGAUUUAUUCAUGUCCAAUGUGUUUCCAAAAUGGCCUGAGAUAUUUGCUAUGGCAGAUCGUACAAUGAAUAAGAUAAUCCAGGAAGAUACUGACUUGGCAGAUCAUUUACAAGAUUGUGCAUUGAAGAAUAUAGACCUGGACGCAAAGCAAUUCCUUGUUCAUCUUAUUCAUAUUGAGAAAGAUAAAGCCUUAGCACUGGGCAGAGCAACUCCUGGAUCUGAGAAAUCUAUCAUGAUGUCUAAGGAAUUAUUGGCAGACCCUGUUAUAUUCAUUAGAAAAUGGAUUGGAGAGGGUUUUGUAGGCGUUCUUGAUGGCCAAGCUGUUCUGUAUGUGUGGGAUCAAUGUUUUAUGAAUAAAUGGAAACAUGAAGUCAUAGAAAACGUCUGCCUUGCUAUCAUAUUGUUAUUAAGAGAGAUGUUCCUGGAAACAACAGACUACCAUGAAAUGAAACAGGUGUUUCUGCAACAGCCGGCCAGAUUGUACACUGCAGAUAUCCAGAGAGCAUAUUUACAUUUAUCCAAAGGAGGACCAGUGUCAGAGGUACCUCCACUAAAUAGAUACAGACCUCAGGCUGGAUUAUUUUCAAGGAAGCCAACUCCUAAAGCAGCUGCAAGUCCAGUAGUGUCCAAAUCACCAGAUGUACCAGUGCCUAGCCGAGUUUCUACGAUCAGUGACAACAUAGAACCUGCAGAAUUGAAACCAAUCGGUGUGAAGAAAUUCAAAAUGACGUUGGUAAUAUUACAACCUCCUGCUGUAGAUGACACUAGUCGACUCAAUACAGCUGAAAAAUGGAAAAAAGAACAGUUUCGUGCUCUGUCCUACUUCGAACCAGACCAUGUCAAGGUAGCGGUGUCAGUAUUCUACGGUAAAAUAAAGCUGCGAACCACUCAUUCCAAUGUGAAAGCCAGGCAUGCCAAUCAAUCAGUCACUCAGGCUAACCAAAAGACUUAUUAUGUGGAGAUACCUGAAGAAGAGAUGAUUUUUUAUAAUUUAGACCCAUCAGGUUUCCAUGGCGCCCGUGGUAAACAUAGCCAUCCCUAUGCUAUUAUCAAGGUCUUAUAUCAGAUACCACCUGGGAAAGAUGGUCAAAUACAAACUGUGAACCUUGGCUGGGUUCAGCUGCCCUUGUAUGAACAACAACAACAGACUGUAGAUCAACAACAACAACAGCAGAAUGUAGAUCAACAACAACAAAAACAGACUGUUGAUGAACAGCCCUCCUCGACAUGGGUUAUCUUGGCAGGCGAUAAGAAGCAUUCAAUCAGACCUGGAGCUGCGCCGGACCAACAGCUUGAAAUAGUAGACCCUGAAGUUACUUAUACACAAGAUGAUUUUCUACAGAAAGGAUCUGAUUUAGAAUUCAGAGUGUUUGAUUUGGAGGUGGAACCACCAACAAUAAAAUCACCAACACCACCACCACCGCCCCCACCAGCUAGACCAGGUGAACCGCAACAACCAGCUCAAAGACCUAUAAGUCCCUCUCCAAGUGAGGAUUUCAAUCCCCGUUUAGAAGGUGAUCCAUGGGUGGCACAUAAACCCAGUGUUGCAGUGUUACCAUCUCCUACUGAUCCUAAAGAUGGUUUGGAUCUCUACAUUGAUGGUGUUCAGUACAUUCCAGAUAAUGCCACCAUUAUAAAGGUCACUGGUCGUCUGAUGACCCCAGCAGUCAAGUCUUUAGAAGAUAUAGCUGCAUAUCCCAGUGUCAAAGGUCCAGCACGUUGUCCUGUGUUCAAGUACAAGUACCCAGUAAAGGAGGGAUUAGUAGAAUCUAAUCUAGUCAUAUUAAGGGUUUAUACAGUAGAUAAAGAUACUAAGGAAUUGGUUGUAAUUGGAUCUUGUAUGAUGCAAUUGUUUACUAAGCAAGGAGACCAGUACAAGUUGAAUGUUGGAGGAUUUCAACUGCGGAUUAAAUCAGGAUUACCGGAUACCAGUAAACCACUGAAUGGUAACUCAAUGGAUGCAUUACCCAAUGUACCAGGAUGCUCUAUUCUCAUCAGAAUACUACCCAGAAGUGAGACUUAUAUUGAAGCUGAGGAUUACAAGAGUGGAUACUACAGGAGUCAGCAAUGUGAACCGUACAUCUCAGAGGUCAGAAUAUUAGAGCAUUAUGUCAAAGAUGAUAAGUUUCCACUCUCAGUGACGGAAGCUAUACAUAGGUUACAGAUUGAUGAAAAGAAAGCAACAGUUGGUACAUUAGAACAAGAUGAGAAUCAACUGGUGCAAUUAUUAAAAGACCGACUGGAUAAGAAGCACUUAGCACCUAAAGCACCUCCAAAGGAUUUAGAUUUAACCAGACUGAUUAAUUAUGAUAUAUCGCGUGGUGUUGACAUCCAGGUACAAUCUGCUUAUGGACUUAAUAUUGAAGGUCUCUACUGUAAUGGUUUUGUGAGAGUGUCACCUGGGAAUGAAGCCAUUGAUUUAGAAAGAACUCCAGAAGGAUAUGGCGGUGAAGAAAAAUUUUUAACUAGCAAACACGACUAUGGAAGUCUUCAGAAAUCUCCAAGAUGGCUGGAUAUGGCAUCAAUAUUGCAUCCCCACCACGAUGUCAAUUCUAUUCUAUUAAUCCAGAUAUUUAGUCUGGAUGCAGUGUACAAACCAACUGCAGAUGGAUCGGGUCCAGGUGUUGUCACCGGUAAGGACGGUGAGGAUCCCAAACUUGGUGUAGAUAGUCAGCUCGGCUGGACAGCUUUACCGAUAUUUAAUGGCCCAUACGUUAUGCAAGGUGUUCAUGUAUUGCCGAUCUUUGUAGGAACUCCCUCCAGGGAAUUCCUUCAAAUGGCAUUGACCACACCGGUGUUGGAUACAUUCAAAGCAUGUAUCCAAGAUAAAACUAUCACAUUGGAUAGUAACUUUGCCUCUAUGGUGGUGCACACAUGGGAUGGACACUAUGAUAAAGAUGAGACUGUACCUCAACCUAGAAUUGAUGAAUACUUGACUGUGGACAAACCAGACAAAUUCAACAAAACUGCAAACAACAGAAAGGGAAAAUUGAUGUCUGAGCUCGUCACGAAAACCAUGUCACCAGAAGAUGUUCAGAAUGAAAGCUUAGUCAAGCGAGAGAUAGAAUAUUUUGAAGAGUCUAUGUCUAAAACGUUCUAUGAACUCAUGGAGAGUGCACUGAUGAAUGCUGGGUAUGGACCAUUGUGA